GACUUCCGACUGAAAAGGAAGUUUUUCCUGUUUGAGUCUUUUUUGUUCUUCGCAAAAACGAAGUGUAGUCUACAUUGAUAUCUACUGAUAAGGCGUUCGCCCGAUACAUAUGCUUCAAAAUUUUGCACCUUUGUGUAGCGUCUGGUGAACCUCACGGAGGAAAUGACUUGGCACGAAUGACGGUAACAUUAUUGCAAUUGUAAUGGACUUUGUUCCUGUAUUUCUUCGUUGGAAUAAUGGAAUAUUAUGAACCACAAAAUAUUCAGCUGAAUGGUUUUACGCCUAUCAAUCCAGACGAGAAUUUAACUGCAGGUCCAUCUGUCGACCGGUACGGUUUUGUCGGAGAUCACAAACAAGCCUCAAACAGCAAAACUAGUUUACCCAUUGAAGUUAUAAGACAACGAGAGUUGAAAUGGGUGCACAUGUUUGAUGACUGGGAUAAAUGGAUGACCAAAAAGUCCUCAAAGGUGAAGGAAAGAUGCCGCAAAGGUAUUCCUUCGUCAGUUCGUGGGAGGGCUUGGCAGCACUUAUCAGGCAGUGCCGAUCUAAAGAAGGAAAAUGAAGGAAGGUUCCAAGAACUAGUUAUGAAAGAAUCCUCACAAUGGCAGGAUGUGAUUACUAAAGAUCUAAGCAGAACCUUCCCAUUUCAUGAGAUGUUUUGUGAAAAGGAUGGGUUGGGGCAAAAGGAUUUAUUCGACAUCUUGAAAGCUUAUGCAGAAUAUGACACAGAGACAGGAUACUGUCAGGCAAUGGCUCCAGUUGCAGCAGUGCUUUUAAUGCACAUGACAGCAGAGGAAGCCUUCUGGUGUUUGGUUAAAAUUUGUGAAAGCUACAUUCCUGGAUACUACAAGCCCAAAUUAGAAGCUGUUAAAUUGGACGGGGCCAUCUUUGGUGGUCUGUUGGAAAAAACUGCACCUCAUAUUGCGAAACAUAUGGAAAAACACCACAUAGACCCUUUGAUGUACAUGACAGAAUGGUUUAUGUGUCUCUUGGCUAGGAACCUCCCAUUUGCCACUGUACUUCGAGUAUGGGACAUGUUUUUUUGUGAAGGACCAAAAGUGCUCUUCAGAACUACUCUGGCAAUGAUGAAAUCAGCACUUACGCCUAGAGAUCUUCAGCGUUGUCCAGGGCUCUUUGAGACAAACCAAAGGCUCAGGAACUUACCAAAGAACUUAAUGCAAGAAGAUUCCCUGAUACCAGUGUCUCUUAGUUUGAAGCUCACCAAGAAAGACCUUCAGAGGGAACAUACACAUCAGGCAUCUAAAGGACCAAAAUGAUGCCACGCAAUAAAAGGAGAGAAUUUAUGAGUAGUAAAUUCAUUUUUGAUCAGUACAGGGAGGUACUAAGUUCUCACUUACCCUGCUAUGAUUAUUUGACUUAAACAAGAGAAGAAAUUUUCAUAUGUUAAAUAUUUUUAACAGGUAUUUACAAAGAAUAGGGAACACAUUGAAUGUAAUCCCUACCUUUGUAGCCACCAACAAAAACACAAAAUUUCCCAAACCUCGACAUAAACAUCAACAACAGUAGCAUACAUUGUACACUACCUGUCCACUGUCACAAUUCUAUCUACAAAUGCUUUUCAUUCAAAUAAUUCAUUCUUGUGUUUUUAAGUUACCUUGUUCCUCUGAAUACCAAAGUUCCAUUUUCCUGCAUAGACACCUCAUACAACCCACAUUUCCUCUAUUCAAUCAAAAACAUCUGCUUAAAAACUGUUUACAGAGCCCAGUUUACAACAUCAACUCAGUUGAUAAAAUCAAAUUAACUGUUUAUAUCCCCAACCUCCCCCCACCCCUCACCGAUGAGACUUACCCCAUUUAGUUUUGGGUUGUCAUGUUAAUGUUUGCGAGUAUUUUUCAGUAGUUUUGAAUUUCUUUUUGGUUCAGCUGCCAUACCCAGGGUUCAGAGAAUAAUGGAAAAAAGAAAACUUAUUUCAAAUUAUUCACUGAGUUGUCUUCAGGCAAGGAUUGUGACUACCACUUUCCAGUUUUGUGAAGUGGUAUCUUAAACCAAGUUCAUUCAAUGUGCAGUGUUUGUCCACAUUUAAUGCUCUAUUCUUAACACCAACAUCAGGGAUUGUUUGAUGAGUUAGGGAUAACUGUUGAUAAAAUUUUAGAAAUGUGUUCUAUUUAUUUUGUGGCCAAAGAGGAUUACCUUUGUCAUUAAUUUUCUAUCAUUGUGCUUUCUCAAACAUUAAAUUGGUAUUUUUCAUCUUUUUUAAUGUACAGUGCUGUAAAUGAAUAUUUUGUAGCAAAUGUUGUUAUUCUUGAGCCUACAUUUUCAUAAACUAUGAGCAGGCCAUCAUUAUUAGUGCAGCAGGAUGCUGGUGUCUCAGCCCACAGGAAGAUUUGAGACAAGUUGGUAAGGGGUUUGCCAAGGCCUCUUGCUGGUUUGUGUUUCUCACAGCUUGUUAUUUCUGUGGGUAAAGUAACACUCAUGCUGAAGCCUGAAGGGCAGGCCAUCAUUUUUACUCUUCUGCUGCAAGUUAGCUCCAUAAUCCUCUUUGGUUAACAGUAUUUAUUGAUUAUUCGUAAAUUAAGGUCAUAUGUCUUACUUUAGGUUGAAUGAAAAAUGUGUAAGAAAAUAUGGUAGACAGUUGUUGCUAAAUUGUUCCCACUUAUUUGGAGUAUGAUGUGACAGCAUUUAUAAAGGUCUGUAAUGACUCAGUGUAACAUUAUUUUGAAGUACAGAAAAAAUUUAAACUGAUUCCAUAUUGCCGUCUGUUCAGUAGUAGAUCACAGAUGACGUCAAAAUGUGGUAAGUACACAAACAUAGCACAUAAGUCACAGGCAAGUGUGUCACUGAUGUACUCACCACAUUCUGACAUCUUCUGUGUUCUGUUACUGUACAGACCCACAGCAACAUGUAAAUUUUUUUAUCCUAGAUAUGAUAAAACAGCAAAAUGUUGUUAAUGGCGACAUCAUAUUUGGGUCUGUCCUUCAAUAGAUCAUAAGUAAGAACCAGUUAAGUCUUUAACUCCCAGAUUAAAUUUGAAAUUCUCCUUACUCUCAACCAUACAAUUCUAAUUGUGUUAGUUCAGAGAAUUUAGUAUCAGAUCAACUAAUUAUACUCCAAAUUAAUAUUUUACUUUAUUUUCAUCACUUAUCUAGUCAACAUUGUAUUAAUAUUGUAAGGAGAAAUUCAGGUUAAUGAAGGUUUACCAGAUUUGUGAUGUAGUGACAGAAGAUUAGGGAUGAAAGUUUGUAAUCUUGUUGCUUGAUAUUUUACACUCGUAAUUUAAGAUUUGUCACUUUUAAACUUCUGGCAAUCUAUUACCACAUACUGGUCUUUGUAUUAAAAUGAAAACCACUCAUUAAAUAUGUCAGACUCUAUAGUUAUAAAGAGUUAUAUGAUAUUGAAAAUAGCGAAAUUUGGAACCAGACAUUUUUGAUCAUUGACUGCUGUAAGCAAAAUGUAAGUAAUCAUUUAAACACCUUAAAGUUAAAGCAUAUUUAUGAGUAAAUGAUAUUUUGCAAGGAAAAUUUAAUGUACUGAUUUUUAUUAAAUGAGCUAUU